ACCAAUAACAUCAGAUCAGGCUGGAAAUAGGAGCGGGGGCUAAAAUGUAUUACGCUGAAUGUCAUUCCUGGAGCCGAUCUGCCAGGAGUAAAUCCUGACACUUAACAGCUGUGUCUUGAGGCAAGACUCGUAAGCGCUCUGUUCCUUGGCAUUAUUUCAUCUGCUUCACCACUGGCAAAGGAUUUGGGAAAGCUCUGUGAGAGUCAGGGUGAAUAUACCUAGGGAGCCCAGGGCACUGCCUGGGACACAAUCUAUGCUGCAUACUACUGGCUACUUUUAUUCAUCAAACGCACCCUGUAGUCUAAUAAAGAAACUCCGACUGAGGAUCAAGAAAGCUGGGACUCUGCUACUCCUUAAUGGGUAUUUACUGAGCACCAAUGAUGGGCCGGCUGGAGAUAACGCCAAAUUAACAACACAGCAGCCCCCACUCUCAGGACUUCACAGGCUAGCAGGAAACAGGAAAAACAAAACAAAACAAAAAAACAGCACAGAUGCCAGUCCAGGGCGCAGGGCCUGGCGAGGGCGCCCCACGCUGCCUGUCUGCAGGGCGGGCGGGGGCUGUCGAGGAAGGAGAGGACAGGACAGAAUCAGGGAAGCCUCCAGGAGCAGCUGAUUUUGAACAAAGGCCUGAAAGAAAGAAAGCAGGAGUGGAGGAUGCAGGCCGGGGCCAAGAAGGCGCCAGAGAGAAGGAAGAGGAUCAGAAAGGAAGAGAGCUGGGAGAGAACACAGGGUAUCAACAGGCUAUUCCAGCAGGGCCUGAGCUCGAGGUCACGGGAGGGAAGACGGACAGAGAUCCAGCUAAACAGGGAAGCGGAGCCCGAUCACGAAGGAAACUAUGUGUCACCACAGACAGCGUGCAGUCUGCCCGGGGCCAGAGGGCACCGUGUGAGCCAGCGCGGGCUGCAGCUGCAGCUUCAGAGAGAAGUGAGGGCGGCUCGAGGCCAGCAGAGCAGAGGCAGCGGCUUGCACCCAGGCAGACAGACAGACAGACGGUCUCCCCUCAGGGCUCUAUGACGCAGCAUCCACCGGCCUGGCCUCGACCUGGGAAGGCGCCUCUCCUGGAACGGCUUCUGCUGGAAGAACUGGCCGCCCGCUCCGGAGCAGCUAGGCCACGUGUGCGCCGGCUGUCUGUGCACAGGUGAGGACGGCCCUGACACCUCGACCACCCUGAAACCACAGACUCUCGGUUCUUGAGAGGCAGCGUGGAGCGGCUACCACUGCCGAGCGCUGGACAGGGUAGGAGGCUGGAAGCCAGAGACCCUGAACACCACUGAUGGAUAUAAAAAUGGACAAUUUUACGACACCCUCUGCAGCUUCUCUGGAAAGCGACUGUGAUCUCUAUGCCCACCGCCACACAGCCAGGAUCCUCAUGCCACUGCAUUACAGCAUCGUCUUCAUAAUUGGGCUUGUGGGAAACUUACUGGCCUUGAUUGUCAUUAUUCAAAACAGGAAAAAAAUCAACUCUACCACUCUCUAUUCAACCAACUUGGUGAUUUCGGAUAUACUUUUUACCACGGCUCUGCCUACACGGAUAGCCUACUAUGCGCUGGGCUUUGACUGGAGAAUCGGCGAUGCCCUGUGUAGGAUAACCGCUCUUGUGUUUUACAUCAACACAUACGCAGGUGUGAACUUCAUGACCUGCCUGAGCAUUGACCGGUUCUUUGCUGUGGUGCACCCCCUGCGGUACAAUAAGAUAAAAAGAAUUGAACACGCAAAAUGCAUCUGCAUAUUUGUCUGGAUUCUGGUAUUUGGUCAAACACUCCCACUACUCAUAAACCCUAUGUCAAAACAGGAGGCUGAAAGGACUACAUGCAUGGAAUAUCCAAACUUUGAGGAAACCAAAUCCCUCCCCUGGAUUCUGCUUGGUGCCUGUUUCAUAGGAUACGUACUUCCGCUUGUCAUUAUUCUUAUCUGCUAUUCUCAAAUCUGUUGCAAGCUCUUUAAAACUGCCAAACAGAACCCGCUAACUGAGAAAUCUGGGGUCAACAAAAAGGCUCUCAACACAAUUAUUUUUAUAAUUGUUGUGUUUGUUGUAUGUUUCACACCUUAUCAUGUUGCAAUUAUUCAACACAUGAUCAAGAAGCUUCGUCUUCCUGGUCUCCUGGAAUGUAGCCAAAGACAUUCAUUCCAGAUAUCUCUGCACUUUACAGUAUGUCUGAUGAACUUCAACUGCUGCAUGGACCCUUUUAUAUAUUUUUUUGCAUGUAAAGGGUACAAGAGAAAGGUCAUGAAGAUGUUGAAACGUCAAGUCAGUGUAUCAAUUUCCAGUGCUGUGAGGUCAGCCCCUGAAGAAAACUCACGUGAAAUGACAGAAACUCAAAUGAUGAUACAUUCCAAGUCUUUAAAUGGAAAGUAAAAAGGAAAGGAGUCUUGGAUUUAUACCAAAGUAGACUGUAUACUGAACUUUGCAAGACUUUUCUUAUAACAAGUGUUAGAUUUCCAAUUAGGAUUCUUUUGAAUUCCUUUCACUGGGGACUAUUUCUCACCUCCAACUUGGAAGUAAACUGAUAUAUAUAUAUAUAUAUAUUUACACUCAAGAACAACAUUCAGCAAAAUUCUCAUUUGUAAAUGAAACAGUAUACCUUUAAAAGGGAGGGUAUUUUAAUAAAUCUCAGUGUAAAAAGAAAAGUUUUGUGUUAACAAAAAACUAAAUCAUUAAUGUUCCUCACCAAUAAUUCAAAAAAAGAAAAAAAGACUAUCAAAAUUGUAUAUUGCCAGUGUAGAAAUGUUAAUAUUGUAAUAUUCCCUUUCUCUCUUUUUUUUUUUUUGUAUAACAUUUCAAUUCAUGUUUCUUUCAAUCUUAGGCUUUACCUCCUCGAUAAUAACCUUUUUUUUUUCUGAGUCAUAAAUUUUCAUCUCAAGAAACUUGUUUUUGAAUAAAGAGCUAGAUGCUACACAAUUAUGAGUAUGUCCUUCAAUGCUCACCGUGAACUCUCAGCAAAAGUUACAGGGAAGAGGAAACUAGCAGCAGGAAGAUUUUGGAGCAAAGCCUUAUGAUGAUGAUGGUGAUGAAGGCAAUGAAAGCUCUUCCCAAGCAGCCAGCACAGGGUUCAAGGGCCACUGCCCAGGAACAUGACAAGGAUCUCAUAUGGAAAGAGGGUCCACUUGCUAAAUGCUUCUUGAGAGUUAAAAAAAAAAAUAUAUAUAUAUCUAUGCAAAUAGGCUUGGCUUUUUUGGGUCCCUAGGGGAUGGUAUCUUGUUUAUACAGAAGUUGGCAGUACCCUGUAUCUGUAUUUCAGUGGGUUGGUUACCAGGAAGGGUACGGAGGAUGUGCAGUGGGGGUGUAAUUGUGGCUUGCCUUGUUAAGAUGGAGAGUAAAAUGGAAAAUCAUGAACUUCACAGUCACCAGGAUUCUUUACAUUAUCGUUGUUUAGUCACUAAGUCAUGGUCUGACUCUUGUGACCAAAUAGAAAUACCUCUGUAUAACCUGGGUUCGAUUCCUGGGUCAGGAAGAUUCCCUGGAGAAGAGAAUGGCAACCCACUCCAGUAUUCUUGCCUGGAGGAUGCCAUGGACAAUAGCGCACCAGGCUCCUCUGUCCACGGGGCUGCACGGAGUCAGACACGACCGAGCAACUUAACACUUUCUUUACAAGUAGCACGGCCUCCCCAAGUACAGUAACCCAUCUGCCAGCUCAGAUUUGCUUUACUGGAUCCCUCAACUACCUCAAGACAGUACCUAUGUUAGCAAUGACUCCACAUUUGAUAACUCAACUAAAGAAAUGAAAUGGUAUAUGAUGGGUCAUACUUAAAAUUUUUAUUAGGCUUUAUAUCCUGGAAAUACUUUCUUUUAAAGCCUUACCUUACUCACUUUCAGAUUUUAUCCUGUAAGAAAACUAAUCUUAAUGGUCGAUUCAAUACCAUUUACUGUGUACUUUCAGAUUUGUAUUGUGUUAAUUUCACAGAUAGCUUAAAGCCAUUGUC